UGCUUCCCCUGAGACUAAAGAACACAAGAUGGUUUUGGAAAUGCUGAACCCAACGCAUUAUAACAUCACCAGCAUGGUGUCCGAAGUUGUGCCAGUUGCCGCCAUGCCAGUCCUGCUGCUCACUGGCUUUCUAAUCUUGGUUUGGAAUUACAAGGAUUCAACCUCCAUACCAGGGCCCGGCUACUGUAUGGGAAUUGGGCCCCUCAUUUCCCACUGGAGGUUCCUGCGGAUGGGGAUCGGCAGCGCCUGCAACUACUAUAACAAGAUGUAUGGAGAGUUCAUGAGAGUCUGGGUAUGCGGAGAGGAAACACUCAUUAUUAGCAAGUCCUCAGGUAUGUUCCAUGUAAUGAAGCACGAUCACUACGUCUCCCGAUUUGGCAGCAAACUGGGGUUGCAGUGCAUCGGCAUGCACGAAAAUGGCAUCAUAUUUAACAACAAUCCAGCCCUCUGGAAAGCUGUUCGACCUUUCUUUAUAAAAGCUCUGUCCGGCCCCGGCCUUGUGCGCAUGGUGACAGUUUGUGUUGAAUCCAUCACAACACACCUGGACAGGUUGGAGGAGGUCAGCAAUGAGUUGGGCUACGUCGACGUGUUGACCCUCAUGCGGCGCAUCAUGCUGGACACUUCUAACGUCCUCUUCCUGAGGAUCCCCUUGGACGGAAGGGCCCUCGUGGCUAAAAUCCGGGGUUACUUUGAAGCAUGGCAAGCUCUCCUUCUCAAACCAGACAUCUUCUUUAAGAUUUCUUGGCUAUACAAAAAGUAUGAGAAGUCUGUCAAGGAUAUGAAAGAUGCCAUGGAAAUUCUGGUAGAAGAAAAAAGACGCAGGAUUUCCUCAGCAGAGAAACUGGAAGACUGUAUGGAUUUUGCCACUGAGUUGAUUUUUGCAGAGAAGCGCGGUGAUCUGACAAGGGAGAACGUGAACCAGUGCAUUCUGGAAAUGAUGAUCGCGGCUCCCGACACCAUGUCUGUCAGCGUGUUCUUCAUGCUCUUUCUUAUUGCCCAGCACCCCAAGGUGGAAGAGGCAAUAAUGAAGGAGAUCCAGACCAUUGUUGGUGAAAGAGACAUAAAGAUUGAUGAUGUGCAAAAAUUAAAAAUGGUAGAGAAUUUUAUUUAUGAGAGCAUGCGGUACCAGCCUGUCGUGGACUUGGUCAUGCGCAAAGCCUUACAGGACGAUGUCAUUGACGGCUACCGGGUGAAAAAGGGGACAAACAUUAUCCUGAAUAUUGGAAGAAUGCAUAGACUUGAGUUUUUCCCCAAGCCCAAUGAAUUCACUCUUGAAAACUUUGCGAAGAAUGUUCCUUACAGGUAUUUUCAGCCGUUUGGUUUUGGGCCCCGAAGCUGUGCGGGGAAGUACAUCGCCAUGGUGAUGAUGAAAGUCAUCCUGGUUACAGUUCUGAGACGAUUCCAUGUGAAGACGUUGAAAGGAAAUUGUGUUGAAAACAUACAGAAAAGAAAUGACUUGUCCUUGCACCCAGAUGAGACUUGCAGCACGCUGGAAAUGAUUUUCACCCCAAGAAACUCAGACAAGCGCCUUAAGCACUAAAGAAGGAUGGCCAGUACCUACUCUGGAGGUACAUCUCUCAUCGGUAGUUCGCCUGGAAACCACCCGUCUCUGCCAGGCAGUGUCACCCUCAGCGAAGGUCCCAUGGCAUUUUGCAAGCAUUCCUCCUGUGGGUUGUCUGCAAGCGGGAAGAGACCGGUCAUCUAUCUGAUCUUGUCCGAACCAGAGAACCAGACU